AUGUUCCGGGCGAUCCUGGAUAAGGUUAUAGCGACCGGUAGAGUUUUGAUCCUACACAUCCGGGGAAAGGGUAAAUCCUCAGAUGUUCCAUCCAGGAUUGUCCGGACCGAGACAGCCAAACGGGUCAACUGGCAUCAGCGGAUACAUAUCCAGUCAUGCACGCUUGGCCCGGAGGAAGUGGCUCUUUGGGGAAAAGCCUUCCCCAAUGUCUACUUUGGCUUCUCGGCGCCGGUGAGUUCCUUCCAGAGGGAGCAGUUAACCGCGUUGCGCAGGGUGCCCAGCAACCGAUUGCUGGUGAAAACUGAUGCCCCUCAUCUGGUUAUUGGCAAACGGAAGUUUCAUACUCCAGCCUAG